AUGGAUGCAUAUCUAAAACUCAUCCAAGACCUCUCCCGAGACUUCAACCACUUCGCCCUCACUAGGAUUCCUCGCUCGGAAAACACUCUGGUGGAUGCCUUGGCCGCACUCGCAUCAAGUUCGGAUUCUGGACUAAGACGAGUAAUCCCCGUCGAGUUCAUCGAACACCCAAGCAUCGGACCACUAGUGGUCGCCAAUCUGAUUCGAGCACAAAACGAAAAUGCGGAGGAAGUCGAAGACCCACCAGAAGAAAACGUGGAUCAGUCGGAAUACGGCUGCGACAUCCCAUGUCUAGAGCCAAUCCGAGCAUACAUAAUCAACGGAACGCUUCCCACUGAGAAAUGGGCGGCCCGCAAAAUCAAGACCCAGGCCACACGAUAUGUAACGGUAGAAGGAGAAAUCUACAAAUGGAGAUUCUCCGGCCCACUCAUGACCUGCGCCGAAGGCGAAAAAGCAAGAAGAGUAAUGGAGGAGGUUCAUUCCGGAUCAUGUGGGCACCACUCCGGCGGAAGAUCUCUCGCCGUAAAAAUAAAACGCCAUGGUUAUUACUGGCCAACUAUGAUCAAAGACUGCGAGAAGUUCGCACGGAAGUACGAAAAAUGCCAAAGGCACGCGCCGACAAUCCAUCAACCCGCGGAAUGGGUAGAGGCAGAUUCCUACGCAAGUAUCAAAGACGUACAAGUCGAGAACUUCAUAUGGAAGAACAUCAUCACCAGACACGGGGUCCCUUACGAAAUCGUGACAGACAACGGAUCUCAGUUCAUCUCUAACCGAUUCGAAGCAUUCUGCGAGAAGUGGAAGAUACGACUGACCAAGUCGACUACCAGAUAUCCGCAGUGCAAUGGCCAGGCAGAGACCAUCAACAAAACCGUCCUCGACGGGUUAAAAAAGCGCUUAGAAUCCAAAAAGGGGCGAUGGGCAGAAGAGCUCGAAGGAGUUCUUUGGUCGCAUCGUACGACCCCGAGACGGGCUACGGGUGAAACCCCAUUCGCCCUCGUUUACGGAACGGAAUGUAUGAUCCCCGCGGAAGUAGAAUUUCCUGGAGUACGGAGAAGAUUCCUCCUCGAACGAGAAGAUCUUACCAGCGCAAUGCUGCUAGACGAACUAGAUCUUAUUAAUGAGCAGCGAGAUCAAGCUCUCAUACGAAUCCAAAAUUACCAUCACGCCGCCGUAAAAUACUACAACUCAAACGUUCGCCAUCGCAGGUUCAAAGAAGGCGACCUGGUCCUUCGCAAAGUCUUCCAAAACACUGCCGAACGUAACGCAGGAAAACUGGGAGCAAACUGA